AUGGUAUCAGAGCCAGCUAUGAUGGAUCAAAGCUCGACGGCUCGUCAGACUCCCAACCUCGUUUCUUCUUCCUCCCUCACGGACUUCACCGUGCCGGCACCUCUAAAGUUCUUGAUAUCAAACCUCAAGAACCUUGUACUGACUCAACUCACUGCCGACAACUACACUAUUUGGCGGCUCCAACUGCUUCAGCAUAUCACCGCAAACGGAUUCUCCGGACACCUCACCGGAUCAUCUGUUUGUCCCUCUAAUCCGAUCGAUCUCAGCUUCACAGGUUGGAAUCUCAUAGACAAGAACCUAAUCUCAGCCCUUCUUUCUACAAUUUCUCCCUCGAUUUUACCCUAUGUGAUCUCCUUCUCCACCGCCCAUGAGGCAUGGACCACUCUGGAAAAACGCCUCCAAUCGGCAAGCCAUUCAAGAGUCAUUCAACUCAAGAACGAGCUUCACCAUGUUCAAAAGAAAGAUUGCUCUAUGCAGCAAUAUCUAGCAAAAAUCAAAACCAUUGUGGACACAAUCGCUGCCUCCGGCUCCAAUGUGGAUCGAGAGGACAUCAUACUUUAUAUACUCAAUGGACUACCGUCCUCAUACAACUUACUGUCUGUCUCACUUACGUUCGAUGCUCUAGCUCGAUCGCCUAAAACCCAUCAAACGCAAGCACCGAUGUUUAUUGUCGUCCAUUGCCUAAAAUUCAUUAUUUACUGA